CAACAAGUUUGUAAUAGUUUUUUUCUUGAAAAAAUAUUUUUAAUUCAAUUUGUAUAUUAAAAUAGGUGUUUGUCUUGAUCACGUGACCCAACGCGACGAAACGUCAGGAAAUUUUAGAACAAAUUUCGCCAUGCGAGAACUUUUCAUGUGUCAAAAAAAAAACGUCAAAAAGUGACAUAUAUAUACAAUUAUUAUUAUGAUUCAAAAAUAGUGACGUAUAUAUAUGUGUGUAAUCAGAUGUUUUACUAUUUGUGAUUAUUUUGUUGUGGCACGAGGGGAAAAAAAAUGAAAUAUUCUCAUUUUUAUUGAAUAACUAGAGAAUUGUUUAAAUAAUAAAAAAAAAAAAAAUGUGGUCGUUUUUCUCUCGUGAUCCUACCAAAGAUUUUCCUUAUGAAAUUGGAGAACCGGUCAGUGGUUUUACAAAUAAAAGUAUUUGGUCACUUCAUCGAGCGAGAAGAAAGGGCUCAACGGGCGAUGCAGAAGUUUCUGUAUUUGUUUUUGAUAUAAAAAAUGGAGGAGAAUAUCAACUUGAAAUUGCAAGAGCCGCAGUUAAAAGGCUAAAAACACUUAAACAUCCAAGUAUUCUUUCAUAUCUCGAUAGUUUAGAGACGGAAAAAAUGGUUUAUCUUGCAACGGAAAGAGUAAUACCUUUGCAUAGUCGACUUGCAACAAUGUCAGAAAUGGGCGAAGGCUCUAAACGAGAACUCUACUUUUCCUGGGGAAUAUUUCAAAUAACGAGAGCAUUGAGCUUUUUAAAUAACGAUGGAAAUUUACGACACAAUAAUGUGAAUAUGUGGUCGGUUUUUGUCAAUGAAGAAAGCGGAGAAUGGAAAUUGGGUGGCGUUGAAUAUAUGACAAUUGUCGAUUCACUUUACACAAUGUUGCCGCAAGCUUUACAAAUUUAUCGUCCACCUGAGGCCAAAGAUAGUUCUAAACCAACAACAAAAUGUUCUAUUGACAUGUGGGGUCUGGGAACAUUGAUUUGGGAGACAUUUAACGGUCCACUUUCUUCCUCAAUGAAUCUUGAACAGAAAGAGAAGAUUCCCCGACAAUUAUUGUCAGUCUUCCAAGAAUUAACAGGAUUAAACGCAGAGGGAAGACCAAAUCCCGCUGAUGUUAUUGCACGUUGUCGUAGUAAUGGGGGAUUUUUUAAAAAUGAUCUUGUCGAUGCACUAUUAUUUCUUGAGGAAAUACAAGUUAAAGAACGAAGUGAAAAGGGACGAUUUUUUUCACAAUUGGCAAGUCAAUUGGAUUCAUUUCCCGAUGGUGUUGGUAGAUAUAAAAUAUUACCGCUUCUUGUCGCUGCUUUUGAAUAUGGCGAUGCUGGUAGUGCCGUUUUACCACCACUUCUUCAACUUGGCCGACAAUUACCCGAUGCUGAAUAUCAAAAACGUGUUGUCUCAUGUGUCGUGAAAUUAUUCGCAUCCAAUGAUCGUGCAACGCGACUUCAUCUACUUCGACAACUCGAUCAGUAUAUUAAUCAUUUGCAAUCGACAACAGUGAAUGAGGCAAUUUUUCCACAGGUUGCUCGGGGAUUUUUAGAUACAAAUCCAACAGUUCGCGAGCAAACAGUGAAAUCAAUUGUUCAUUUGGCAUCAAAAUUGGACUAUAAUAAUUUAAAUGUUGAAGUUUUGAGAUAUUUUGCGAAACUUCAAUCAAAAGACGAUCAAGGUGGAAUUCGAACGAAUACGACAAUUUGUCUUGGAAAAAUUGCACAACAUUUGCAUCCGCAAAUUCGACAAAAGGUCUUGAUUGGAGCAUUUAUAAGAGGAACGAGAGAUCCAUUUCCACCGGCAAGAAGCGCAAGUAUAUUGGCAUUAACGGCAACGCAACAAUAUUAUUUAUUGCAGGAAGUGGCGCAAAGAAUUUUACCAGCGAUGUGUCCAUUGACAACUGAUUUGGAUAAAGGAGUUAGGGACAAUGCUUUUAGGACAAUACGGGGAUUUCUCUCGAAACUUGAACGCGUUUCCGUUGAUCCAAGCCUUCGCGAAUCAAUGGAGGCGGAUGUCAAUACGGCAACUCCGAGUUUGAGUAAUGCAGCGGCAACUUGGGCCGGUUGGGCCGUCACAGCAGUCACGGCAAAAUUCUAUCGCAGCCAAUCAGACACGCCAAAAUCUUCCAAUGCCUCUAGAAUUUUAUUAAAUAAACCCGCGUCUUUGGAGCAAGCGAGCAGUUCGCAGAGUAGUGCGAGUACAACGGCGACGACGAGUAGCGCAACAAGUAUGACAUCAUUGGAUCAUGAUCACGAGCACGAUCCGCAGGUGAAUGUGAAUCCAAAUCCAGAGAACGAUUGGGAUUCCUGGGAAAAUGGUGAUUGGGGCGAUUUAGAGCAACAGCCAUCGACGGGAACUUCAACGAGUAACGCUUCGCCUUCUUCACAUUCGCCGAAAGUUCACGAACCAUGGAUUAGUCUUGAAGAAAAGCCGGAAGAAGAAGCCGCUGAGGGAAGUCAAAAUACAAAAGAAUCAUUGGAAAUUGGUUGGGAAGAUGGAGAAUUUCAACCGUUGGAAGAAUUUCCACCACUUGAACCAGUCGUUCUAGGACCAACAAAUCGUUUAGAGGAGGCUAAAAAGAAACGCGAGGAACGAAAAUUGGCACGACAUCGUGAAAUUGAAGCAAAACGAGCCGAGAGACUGAAAAAUAAUCCGUCUCAUCAGAGAAGUUUAAUUUAAUUUUAGAAAAUGAAAAAAGAAAAUAAAUCAAGAUUUGACAAUUAAGAGUUAAGUAACGAAAUAAUUUAGCAAUUUAAAAAAAAAAUAAUAAUUAUCGAAAUAAUAAUAUUAAUCAAUUUUGUGAAUAUAAAUUUUAAAUUAUGAAUAAUUCAAUUUUUCUAAAUUAUUGAAUUAAAAAAAAAUUGAAUUAUUCAUAAUUGACUAAAUUCGAUUGAUUCGUCAAUAUUCCGGAUAAUUAACAAGUAGAUAUAUAUAUAUUACAAUUAACGAAUUUUUAAUUAGUCAAAAUAUUAAUUAAUAAUAAAUUUUAAUAAUUAUAAAUAAUAAUUAAAAUAACUAUAAUAUUUGAAAAUUAUAAUUAUA